AAAUGAGUUUGGACAUCAAACCCAUUUGCAUAUUCCCCAAACCUUCGUCGUCCUCGUCCUUCUCCUCCCCGUCCCACUCCCUUUCUCUCUCUACAAACACACGCAUAUUAUCAAAUUUACAGAGAGAGAGAAUGGGAGGCCAGAAAUUCGCCGUCCUCCUCUGCGCCGAAGACUCCGACUACGUCAAGAAAAUCUACGGCGGGUACUACGGCGUGUUCGUGAGAAUGCUCAAGGAGGAAGGCGAGAGCUGGGACGUUUUCAGGGUGGCGAGGGGCGAUUUCCCGGCGGACGAUCAGAUCGGCGAUUACGACGGCUUCGUCAUCACCGGAAGCUGCAAUGACGCCCACGGCAACGACCUCUGGAUCUGCAAGCUCCUGAUUCUGCUCAACAAGCUCGACGCCAUGAAGAAGAAGGUUCUCGGAAUUUGCUUCGGUCAUCAGAUACUGGGACGAGCUCUUGGAGGAAAGAUUGGAAGAGCUAGAGGAGGAUGGGACAUUGGCAUCACACAAGUUCAACUUUAUCCAUCCAAGAUAUUCACUUCUCUCAAUAUGCCUACUUCACUUUCCAUCAUUGAAUGCCAUAGGGAUGAGGUAUGGGCGCUUCCGCCAGAGGCAGAGGUGCUAGCAUGGUCGGAGAGGACCGGAGUCGAGAUGUUUAGAUGUGGAGAUCACAUUAUGGGCAUCCAAGGCCAUCCCGAAUACACAAAGGACAUCCUCUUGCACCUUAUUGACCGCCUUUCCAGCCGCCAACUCAUCGAGGAGUCCCUUGCCGAAGAGGGCAAGACAAGGUUGGAGACGAGCGAGCCAGACAGGGACGCGUGGUGGAAAUUGUGCACAAGCUUUUUGAAAGGGAGAUUGUGAUGGGAAAAGCUUCAAUAAAAAUUACAAGGAUGUAAAUAUAGAGCAGGCUAUAAAAUUCAGUCGUUUGGCUGUCUCUAGGGAAAAUGUCAACACCGUUGAAUGUUUUGAUGAGUCUUGACUCUUGAUUAUCAUGUAUUGAAGUUGUACGCUGUCAACUUUCACUAAUUUAGAAUUUCUUUCAUGACCAA